AUGCAAGACCAGGGGCUUUCGUUACACACUGACCCUGAUAGCCCCACGCGAGUGGGCAACAGCAAGGCCUUAAAACGCGCAGGGCACGCCGCGCCAGCCACCGCCGAAUGGGACCAGUUUAGAACAAUCAGAUCCAACCAGGAAGGGAAGCCCAUUUGCGACAUCGGGGAAUGGGCGGAACAGCUAAAAUCGAACGUCGGGGAGGUUACCAAAACCUUAGAAGGUGAAGACGCUCCCGAGAUUGCCGAUAGCCGCCUCCUGCAAACGUGGGAGGCUAAGCAAAGCAUGGAAAGACGUCUAAGGACACAAAAAUGGAACCGCACCCUCCGCAGAAGGUUAGCGCGACACAACAAGGAAAUUGAGGAUUACUCCUUUAAAUUAUGCGAACAAAAUUGGGGCAACAAAUGCGACCAGAUGGAAGGCGAGAUGAACCUCGCUAGAACUUGGGGUAUGCUCCGCCAUUUGCUCGACCCGGAAAAUUCGAAAACCCAAUCGGGAAUCAGACUCGCCAAAGCUCGACAGGCUUUUGAUGGCGGCGACGACGAUUUCAUGCAGAAACUAAUAGAAAACUACACUAUGAUGGUGCGCACAACGAGGCGCUUGAUGCCCCCAUCACUGAAGCGGAAGUUAGAGCGGAAUUAG